CUUUUGCUACCUGUGCACUCUUACUCCUCUCGCUACAUCAGUUCAUACCGCUGGCCCUAUUUGGAUCCAUACAACCGCCUGUCUACACUUCCUUGGAAACACAAAUACAUAGUUACCUCCUCCUGAAUGAUCGCGUCUGCUCACACCGAUAUUUUACCCCGCCAUGGCCCCUCCAUCUACCAUCUUUGUCAUUGGGGUCAAGGGCCAGAAAUUUGACUCUCAGAAAGAAUUACUUGAAAAGAAGAAGGGAAUACUUGAAGGGCAGAGAGCCCAGCUGCAAGCGAAAAAAGAUAAAGAUGCAGAAUUGAAGAACCUAGAAGACGAGAUUAAGCAGAUCGACGCUGAGCUCCAGAAGGUGGACGGCGAUGGCCUCGAAGAGCUUGAGCAAUAUAUCGACCCCCUCGUCAAAACUGACGAUGUGUUCACUGAGAUAUACCUGGGAGGCAACUCAUACAGUCCCGACGCAUGCAGAAAACUAGGCCUGCUGUUGCGCAAACAGAAAAAACUACAAACCAUAAGGCUUGACGACAUUUUCACGGGUCGCCUCCUUAACGAAAUACCCACUGCGCUCUACUCGAUCCUCAGACCGCUCCUUGACGUCCACACCCUACAAACCAUCGAUCUCAGCGACAAUGCCUUCGGCGUGAAUACCAAAGAACCCCUCGUCGAAUUCCUCAGAGCACACCUCCCCCUCCGCCAUCUGAUAUUGAACAACAACGGCCUAGGCCCAGAGGCAGGCACCUUUAUCGCGAAUGCGCUAACGGAGCUCAGCGAGGGCAAACUUAAGGCGCGAUCCAACCCCGAAAUAAAAUAUGAGGUCCCAGCCCUGGAGACCAUCAUCUGCGGCCGGAACAGACUGGAGGCCGGGAGCAUGGAGGCAUGGGGACGGGCUAUCAAGGCAAACGGCAAGGGCCUCCGAACAAUUAGAAUGAAGCAGAAUGGCAUCUAUUCCAAGGGUGUUGUAAAACUGUUGAACACGGGCAUCUGUCACGCGCCUGAGUUGGAGGUCUUCGACCUCGAAGAUAAUACAUAUGGGAAGGACGGCUCUGUCGCUCUAGCCGCGGUAUUGGCGGGAUUGCCAUCCCUUCGCGAACUGGGGGUUGAUGACUGUGCUCUUACCGCCAAGGGCUGGCUCCGGGUUGCGAAGGCGCUAUCUGCCGGCGGGAACAAGAGGAUUGAGGUCCUGAAGCUGAAGGGCAACGAGAUAAAUGGCAAGGGAGUGCGGGCUUUGAUCCACGUUGCUAAAACGAGUCUCCCCGCGCUUAAGAAGGUUCUCCUUAAUGCGAAUGCUUUCGAUGAGGAUAAUGAGAAUAUUGAGAGGUUGGUGGAGCUAUUGAGGAGACGUAAGGAACUGUUCGGUAAAGAUGAUGAGGAUGAUGCGUGGGGUCUGGAUGAACUUGACGAGCUAGAAGGCGAGGAAGAGGAAGAGGAGGAGGAAGAGGAAGAAGAAGAAGAGGAGGAGGAAUGGGAAUGGGAAAGCGUAGCAGAUGAGGCCGAGGCCGAGAUCGACAUUCGGGCGAAGGCUGACCAUAUACUCAAGGAUGCCGACUUGGCCGAAAAUGAGCCAGUUGCCCAGGACGUGGAUAAAGCCGUGGAUGAGCUAGGCGAGAAGUUGAAAUCAACAACAAUCUAGUUCCCCGAUGCGAUGAGAUAUCGUUUAUUAUAGCUUGGUUAAUGGUGUUGGAGCGAGCGGAGGAUGAUUCACCUUAUCCCUCUCCCGUUUUUGUCACGUCAUAAUCAUGCUCUCCUCCUUAUUGCUUGUUACUUUACUCUUUGCCUUUCGGCUUUUGGUUUGAAAGACCCAAACGUGCAGAUGCUGUGCGGCCAUCGUGAAUGACCUGUUAUUUUGGAGUUGAAUAGUAGCCGUCCCCUGAGCAUUAGCCCCCGUGUUUUCUAUAUCUCGGGAGCGAUUCCCGAAGUUUAGUUUUGGCAGAAUUAGAAUUUAACUAGCUACUGUAACAAGCGAUGAAUUAGCCCAGCGUAUCCGUUCCAUGCCAGUUCAAUUGAGUUCCUCUCUAUCCAUUAACUAUUAAAGUACGGAGUAGUAGCCGCACCAACAAAUAUCAUUGUUAUUAU